GGGAGAGGAGGGGCCCAGCACAGUGUAUAAAAGCGGGGACGGGGAGAGCGGCUCACCAGAGUGCGAUCCUUCGGGAGCAAGAGCCCAGCCUUCCUCCGUACCUGCCACACGCAACCCUCCUGCCAACACCAUGGUGCAGUGGACAGCCGAGGAGAAGCAGCUCAUCACCGGCCUCUGGGGCAAGGUCAACGUCGCCGAGUGCGGUGCCGAGGCCCUGGCCAGGCUGCUGAUCGUCUACCCCUGGACCCAGAGGUUCUUCGCCUCCUUCGGGAACCUGUCCAGCCCCACUGCCAUCAUUGGCAACCCCAAGGUGCAGGCCCAUGGCAAGAAGGUGCUCACCUCCUUCGGGGAAGCUGUCAAGAACCUGGACAACAUCAAGAACACCUUUUCCCAGCUGUCCGAGCUGCACUGCGACAAACUGCACGUGGACCCCGAGAACUUCAGGCUCCUGGGUGACAUCCUGAUCAUCGUCCUGGCCGCCCACUUCGGCAAGGAUUUCUCUCCCGACUGCCAGGCUGCCUGGCAGAAGCUGGUGCGUGUGGUUGCCCACGCUCUGGCCCGCAAGUACCACUAAAGAGCCGCAGGAACGCCCCGGCAGCGCCCUCGGUGUCCUGCACCCGCUGCUGUGCUGGAGCCAACAGCUUCUAACAGCCAAAUAAAGCUCAUCCUGUGAAGUC